GCAUCCCGGGAGGAUGGCAGAGCCGCCCCGGCGAGCCGAGCCCCGGCGCGCAGGGAGCCAGUGAGAGGGAGGAGAGGGGAAAACACAAACAAGCAAACAACCCACAACAAACAAAGCGGGCAGAGAGCAGCGCCGAGCCCCGCCGCCCCUGCCCCAAAGGCGCCCGCCCGCCCGCAGCCCGCACAGCCGCUGCCCCAGCGAAGAUGCGCCCGGCCCUGGCCCACGGACUCUGCUCGCUGCUGCUCAGCCUCUGGGUACCCAGCUCCUGCUCCAAUGAGAUCCUGGGCCUGAAGCUGCCGUCGGAGCCGGUGCUGAACGCCAACACGGUGUGCCUGACCCUGCCGGGGCUGACGCGGCGGCAGCUGGAGGUGUGCGUGCGCCACCCUGACGUCACUGCCUCGGCCAUCCAGGGCAUCCAGAUCGCCAUCCACGAGUGCCAGCACCAGUUCCGGGACCAGCGCUGGAACUGCUCCAGCCUCGAGACCAAGAACAAGAUCCCUUACGAGAGCAUCAUCUUCAGCAGAGGCUUUCGUGAGAGCGCCUUCGCUUACGCCAUCGCGGCCGCUGGCGUGGUGCACGCCGUCUCCAACGCCUGCGCCCUGGGCAAGCUGCAGGCCUGCGGCUGCGACCAGAAGCGCCGGGGCGAUGAGGAGGCUUUUCGGCGCAAGCUGCACCGGCUGCAGCUGGAGGCCAUGAACCGCGGCAAAGGCAUGGUGCACGGGGUGCACAUGGAGCACAUGCCGGCCGAGACCCCCGGCCUCCAGGACUCCUGGGAAUGGGGAGGCUGCAGCCCCGAUGUGGACUAUGGGGAGAAGUUUUCCAAGGAUUUCCUUGAUUCCCGGGAAACCUACAGGGAUAUCCACUCCCGCAUGAGGCUGCACAACAACCGGGUGGGCCGGCAGGUGGUGAUGGACAACAUGAGGAGGAAGUGCAAAUGCCACGGCACCUCGGGGAGCUGCCAGCUGAAGACGUGCUGGCAGGUGACGCCCGAGUUUCGCCUCGUGGGGUCCCUGCUCAAGGACCGUUUCUACGGGGCCACCCUCAUCCGGCCCCACAACCGCAACGCCGGGCAGCUGGAGCCGGGCCACGCUCGGCAUCGCCGCCGGGCCGGCAUCAGCGAGCUGGUUUACUUCGAGAAGUCGCCCGACUUCUGCGAGCGGGAACCGGCCCUGGACUCCUUGGGCACCCAAGGGCGCCUGUGCAACAAGACCAGCCCGGGCAUGGACAACUGCGAGAGCCUGUGCUGCGGCCGCGGGCACAACAUCCUGCGGCAGACGCGCAGCGAGCGCUGCAACUGCAAGUUCCACUGGUGCUGCUUCGUGGCCUGCGAGGAGUGUCGCAUCACUGAGUGGGUCAGUGUCUGCAAGUAG